UCGCUUCAACGAUUCAUAUGGCUCAACGAUUCAUAUUGCUACACCAGCAGUCCAGUAAUAAAAGUUCGUGGCCAGAGUCGCCGAAAAUAUUACUUUAAAACAACAAUUGAAGAAUAAUAAGUUUUAAAUGAAAUCUGUUUCAUCAAUCUAAAGAAGCUGCUUGUAAGACCCUAGUUAAUUGCAUAAAAAUUCACAGAUUGUACACUUUAUUUUUCGUUUAAACGCCAGCCUCCCUUCCCCAAGCCACACGCAACCUAUCAUGGCGUCUUCAACACACGUUCGUUCUCUUUUAGCCGUGUGCAUAUUACGAAACAGCUCUGUCACGUUCAGCAGGCUUCCUCAAUGCAAACGUUGUUCAAGUCAUGCAGCGCAAGACAAAGUGAAACCUCCAGGAAUACUAAAGCGAUAUCUGAUUGAUAAGGUGAUAGAUAUGGUGAAUAAGUCUACAACCCAACUAGAAAAAGCAUACCCAACAGUUUUCCAGAUUUACCGCACUUUUAAAACGGGUUUGAGCUCUUUUGUAAGGGAUUCAAGAGAAUAUUACCAGGUUAUUACAGGAUUGUGGUCAGGUCGUAGCCUCACAGAACUCUCUCGCCGCCAGCUUGAAGUACUUAGACAGGUUCCCAGAGAUUUUUUAAAAGUCAUCCCAGUUCUGGUAUUGGCCUUGGUUCCAGGAGGCUCAGUGGCUAUACCUCUUGCGUAUGUUUUUCCACGGUCAUUUUUAUCUUACCACUUUUGGACGGACCACCAACGACAGACAUUCUGGAAACAUGAUCUGAAGCAUCGAUUGCAGCAUCUUCGACCCAUUCUUGAUCACAUGCAGCUGUUGAGUCGCCACAUUGAGGACUGUCAGCUAGAAGAAAAAAUCUUGCAGAUUACCAAAAAGGUUCAGCUUUCAGUGAAUCCUAGCUAUACAGAAGUUCUUGGAGUCAAACCUUUGUUUGAGUCCUACCCAUACAACCUUGAUCGUAUCUCCAUUGCUUAUGUGCGACACCUGGCUAAGUGCAUGAAUAUGCCUCUAAGGCGUUCACGGCUGAAGGCAGAUGCAUUGUUACUUCACUACACAGAUCUGGCUAUGCUUCGUGAAGGCAUCAACAACCUUAGUGACUUUGAGCUUGAACAGGCCUGCUACUGGCGAGGGCUAAACCCUUUUGGACUGCAACGAGAUGAGCAAGUUAUCUAUCUUCAGCACUGGACCACCGUUAGCAAGAUAUUAGAGGAGAAUAGCAUAUCUCUUCUACUCCACCUUCCAGUAAUGUUUGGGUUCUGCCAACCAAGCAACCGGGAGCUGUUUGGGGGCCGGCAUCACUGGUGGCGACAUAGAUCUUCAUUCUGAUAAUUAAAGUCAUCUUGUGUUAUUACAAAAAGUUGUUUCAUCAGUCUUUGAUAAAAGACAGCCAGAUUCACUUUCUUCCCUUUAAACUUUUUUGUGGGAUGAGACCUUAAAAAAUCUAGGUUCCAAUCUUUCUGAAAUAUCUUGUCUAAGAUCCAUAUAUUUACUAAGAGUCUGCUGGCAUCAGCAUGCUGUUCAUUUUUCAUAAAAGUGCAUUACAUUUGUUCUGCUGUGUUCACUAAGGGAUAAUUAUACUUUUCUAUUGAUUUCUACUGAGCAGUCCUAUCAUACAUUCAUUUGCUUGAAAUACUCAUUUUGUACUUGUGAUUAUUCACUGACAAUGAAAUAAUGAGACUUUACUAAUAAUGAGGUGCUUGUCAUCUGUAGAAUGCAGCAUGCUAAGGUCUAUUGCAACCACAUCAAAUGCAAGUUGUAAGAGAGUGAUAAUUUUUGUGAUUCUGUAUUGAGGCCAACUGUACAGUGUGAUUGUUCUUAGAUUUUAUCCACUUCUGUUAAUCCAUAUGACCCACAGUCCUUGUAUUAAAUUUGAGAGACAGAUAUCAUCUUUCUGCCUGAAGCAUGGUGUUACCGGUUGUUAAGUAUUUAUCCUUUUUAUCAAAAACUUUACCAAGGUAUAGUUCCUGUUGUCCCCAUGGAGUUUCUUUUCUUUUCCUCUUGAAGUUUGGGUUAUUUUGAUAGGAAUGAUAUUUACGGGUAGUUUGUAGUGUUUUUUGGUUUUUGUCAGAGAAUGAUGAGCCAAGUUAUUUGGUCUUGCAGGUUUACAUAAUUGCUUAAAACAAAAAUGAACAGGCUUAGCUGAUCUACAAGCAUAGGAGAUCUAUGCAUCUCACUGCUUGCAUUUAGACAUCACCUUUUUCAAAUGUCUUUUAUCAUGUCAUUGAUAAAAUCUACACCUUUUAUUGGCAAAUAGAUUGUGUGACAAGGUGGGCUUUAUUAAGAUUAUCCUGUCCGUUACCUUAACAGAGAGCCACAAGAUUGCUCAUUGUCAGUCAUGUUUGUUCCUGUCUCCACUGUUAUGGAAAUGCUGGGUGGCUAUUACUCAUGCACUUGACAUAUCAAGAAAAAUUGUGUGCAUUUAAUAUGAGUAGUCCUUAACAUAAGGAGAAUUUCAAAGUUGCGGCAUCUUUGAAUCUGUUUAGCUUUAAUUUGUUGGGUGCCAAAACCUGCCUUCAAGAUUGUUGCAAGGUUUUCCUUACUAUUUGUGUGUUGAGGUUUUUUCCAUGUCUUUAAAACUGUAAACAGCGUUCGUCAGUAGAUUAUCUGUAUGCUACUUGACUGAAAUGCAAAGUACUUAUUUGCAAUUUGGUGCCAGAGCAGAUACAGAGGCACUCGAGUACUUCUAUUACUUAAAAAAAAAAAAACCCACACAUUUACCCAAGUGAAAGCAAGUUUGGUAUGCUAUGCUUACAGGACUUCAAGUAAAAUAAGUUUUAUGAACUGCCAUGCCCAGAAAGAGGUCAAAUUGUACCCAGAUAAGUGAAGUGUGGUGCCAUGUUCAUUAUUUGCCAACAAUUCUGAUAUCACAGUUUCGACCUUUUCCUAUACACCCCACUAAUCCUUGAACAUAAAUUGCACAAAUAAUCAUCAUGAGAAUAUGAACAAAAAUGACAUUUGUGCUAUAGGAGGAUACAGCCGGCAACUUUCAUGAUUGUAGCAUGAAGCAUGAAUAUCCUUCAUGGAAAUACUUUUACUGUUCCCUUUAGCUGUGGUCAUUAUUUUGCCAAGAACUGAGAUCUAUAAAGUCAUGUGGUUUAAAUUUGCAUGCAUAUUGGUGCUUGUGACUGUUGCAUGUACUAGAAAAGUGUAAUACUUGUAUCAAUGCUCUUCCUCAAUUCAAACAGCCUUUUUCAUUAAGGAAUAACAAAAGAACAGCUUACUGCCUGAUUUAUUGCACAACAUCAUGUACAUGGGCAAAUUUCUUUAACAACAAUACACUGACAUACACAAACUACUUGAAGAACCAAGUACUAUAAUUGAUCAAAUAAAUCUGAACUGCAGAAUUAAAAAAAAA